CAUAUUUGUUGUUGUGAUAAUUUUUCAACUUUUAGUCGUUAGUUCAUCCAUGUAACUAAAUGGGUCUACUUUCUCCAACAAGUAUUUUUGGUUUCAACAAUUUUAUCUAAAUCUAAAUAAUAAUAUGUAUUUUCUAAAUCAGACAAUAGACUUCAGCAUCGUCUCAUUCAUCGAAAUACAAUCUUAAUAUAUAUGGUAUUUGAUGUAAUAAAGCUUCUAAGAUUGCCUCUUGCAUGCAGUCAUAUCCAGAAAUUGCAAACCUACUAAGAUCGAGGAGCUACAAAUGGGGAGGAGAUGCAAGGAAUUUUGAUAAAGAGGAAGCUUAUAUCGAGCUGGUAACCACUCCAAAUAACCCUGAUGGGGCCAUUAGGGAACCUGUGGUUAAUAGGCCUCAAGGAAAGGUUAUUUAUGACUUUGCCUAUUAUUGGCCACAUUACACUGCAAUUUCCUCUGCACCUAGCCAUGACCUUAUGCUCUUCACCUUCUCCAAGUGCACCGGCCAUGCUGGAUCAAGAAUUGGGUAAUUAAACUAAAUUGCUCUUUUCUUUUACUUUGUAGCAUUUUAUUAAAUGAAUCGCUAUUAAAUGCAAAACAAUUAUUUCAUACCACUUAAUUAGUCAUUAAUUGACGAAUACAUGAAAUUAGGUAGACUAUUGCAUAUGAAAAAUGUUACUUGUAUACAGUGAGUUACAUGUUGGUUUGCACGCCAAAUGUGUAAUGUUGGUUUACACGCCAAGUGUGUAUUAUCUAUGCACAGACAAUUGAUUUUCAUUUUAGUAAAGAGAGUUGUUUGUGACCUCGAAUUUUAUGUGCACAAACAAUAGUGUGUAUUAUCUAUGCAUAGACAAUUGAUUUUCAUUUUAGUAAAGGGAAUUGUUUGUGACCUCGAAUUUUAUGUGCACAGACAAUUCACUUUUUCGGGGACACAUACAAUUUGCUUUACUAAAAUGAAAAUCGAUUGUUUGUGCACAAAUAAUACAUAAUGUGUAAACUAACAUGUAACCCAGUGUGUACAAUUAGCAUUUUUCAUCGCAUAUUUACAAUUACUUGGCAUGAAAAUUAAUUAAAUUAAGUAUAUAAUAACACUCCUUAUGCUGAGUGAUGUAGGCAAGAUGAAAUGUUGGGGAGGGUCAAUUUAAAUAAUUACAUACUUCUCCGUCUUACUCGAUAAUGUCAAAACUUUUCUUUUCUAUUUGUAUAAAAAUUUGUUACUUUCUUUUUCAGGUACGUAGUAUUAAGAGCCCGUUUGGUAGCACAAAAAUCGGUUGUUUUGGCUGUUUCUGCUGAAAUUUAUGAAGUUCUGGCUGAAGUGGUUGUUUUGGCUGAUUCUAGAAAAAAAUAUUUUAAAAAUAUAUUUUAUUAAUAAAAUAAAGAAAAAAUUACAUGUAAAAAUAGCUAAAAUGGUCAUCUACAGUAACUUCAGCCAAUACAGCCAGAAAAGUAACUCCAACCUUACUUUUUCUGCUUAUUACACAAUUCAGCACGCGAAAGUAAAAAUUACGUGUUUGGUGAAAAAGCUGGUUGAUAAGCCUGAUAAGCCGAAAAAGGGGGUCUCUAAACGGGCUCUAAAUUUGUGAUUUCAUUUAUUUAUCUCUGUACGGGCUUAACCCGAGGCAUAUUAAAAUACUGAAUCUGAACAAAUAUUGAAAUAAGCGGCUAUUUAUGUAGGGAUUUUUGUAUCAUUAUAUUGAUCUUAUUAUAAUAAAAUAUAGCUAUCUACAUAUGAAUUGUAGUUGGGCUAUUGUAAGGAAUAAAGAAGUUGCAAAGAAGAUGACAAAGUUUAUUGAGGUGAGCACAAUUGGGGUAUCCAAAGACUCCCAACUGAGAGCAGCUAAGAUCCUUGGAGUUGUCUCAGAUAGCUGCUUUAGUGGUGAUGACUUCUUUACUUAUAGCCGAAAUAUUUUGAAGGAGAGAUGGCAAAGGUUAAGACAAGUUGUGAAGGGUAGUGAUCUAUUCCAUGUCCAAAAAUAUCCCAUUUUAUACUGCCAUUUUGCCAAAUCCAUGACCGAGACACUUCCAGCUUUUGCGUGGAUGAAGACAAUCAAGGGAGAGGUGGAUUGUGUGGAUCUGCUGAAGGAACACAAGAUUCUUGCGAGAAUUGGAACCCGAUUUGGUGUUGAAAGCAAUUUUGCAAGGAUAAGUAUGGUGUCCAAGGAUGAGGAGUUUAACACUUUUUUACGAAAGCUCUCAAUCAUCCAAGGAAGAGAUGAUCCCAUUGACGAUGAAAAUCAUACUCAUAUCUAAGGUUUUGAAUGAAGAGUUUGGAGAAAGAUGGAAAAGAGGAUUGAAUUUUUUAAAUAAUGUACUGUACAAUGUUUGUCGUGACUUUUUGAAUUUAAUAUUUUUAUACGUCUCACGCAAUUACAUUUAAAGCCAAUACAAACAAAUCAUUUUAAU